AUGGAUGACCUCAUGGCCCAGCUCGACUCACGCGAUCAGAAUGUUCAGGCUGAGUCCGCCACUGUCCUAAAUGACAUGCAGGUCAACAAGGCGGCAGCCACACCGCCGCCGCCAACACCACAGAACGACGGAAGUAAGGCAAAGGCAAGAUACAAGGCACGCCAGGCGAGGAGAGCGGCCGCACUCGCGGAGCAGUAUACGCCUAGCGAUCCUGAGGCAGACGCCCGUCUCAAGAAGGAAGCUGAAGACGAAGAGAGAAUGAUCAAACGAGUCUGUGAUGAGCGUGGGCUCGAGAUUUUUGAGAUCAACCCCGACGGGCACUGUCUUUUCUCCGCCGUCGCCGAUCAGCUCGCCGUCCUCCGCAUCAUUCCUCCCGGUCAGGCGAACUACGCAACCUGCCGGCACGCCGCGGCGGACUACAUUCACAGCCAGCCCGACAUCUUCCUCCCUUUCCUGCCUGCUAUCGGUGGCGAAGACGCCGUCGGCGCGACCUCCCAGGAGGGGCUCAUGACCCGCGCGGACUUUGACCGGUACUGCCUGACGAUACGCGACACCGGUGCGUGGGGCGGCGAGCCAGAGAUCCUAGCCCUGGCCAGCGCGUACAAUGUGCCGAUCCAUGUGGUACAAGGCGGGACGCCCCCCGUCGUCAUCCACCAGCCCUUUGGAUCGUCACAGCAAGGCGACGCCACAGACAAACACGUUGUCCACAUCAGCUAUCACCGCCGAAUGUAUGGCCUUGGCGAGCACUACAAUUCGUUACGGCCAAAACGCACGCUGUCAGAAACAAUGAAGUCAGUAUUCUCGGGGACAUCUUAA